AUGAAGUCAUUGGCGAUAUUGCUUUUCGGUUUAUCCGUGUUUAUUUAUGGCUCACUGGCUGAGAGUCGAUCAAGACUUCACCGGGGUGAAUCGAAGGUUCCGCGGAUCAAAGUUCAUACAAAGCGUCAAUCCUAUGACGAUUUCACAUCAUUGGGAACAAAUCCAUUGCCUGGUGGAGAAGUGCUCGUUCCACCACAACCGGCAAUUGAAAGUGGAGGAUAUGAGGAACCAAAAACAGCACCAGCGCCACCAAUUCAAUCGGGUGGUUACGAAGAAACAACAGUUGGUACUGGAUACGAAGAACCGACAACAAAGGGAUACGAUGAACCGGUUACACAAGGGUAUGGAGAACCGAGCACGGUAGGCUAUGAAGAGCCAAGUACACAGGGAUACGAUGAACCGACGACGAUCAAUGAUGGGUAUGGAGAGCCAGUCACAAGUGGAUAUGAAGCGCCGGUAACAAGUGGGUAUGAUGCACCGGCACCGGUUGACACUGGGUAUGAGGUGGAGACGACGCCUACUACUACGACGACUACUACAACUACAACAACUACGACAACCACUACUACAACUACAACAACGACAACGACCACUACUACCACCACAACAACAACAACAACAACUACUACUACUACUACGACAACAACCACUACCACCACAACAACUACUACGACGACAACGACAACGACAACUACUACUACAACGACAACUACUACAACCACAACGACCACCACCACCACCACCACAACUACAACAACCACUCUGGACCCCAGAUACCCAUUAGCUUCUUGCUACACAAACACUGGAGGUUUUCUUUGCUGCAACUCCACCCUCGAGGACACAAUUCACCAGGCGUACGAUUCGCUGAAUAAACGCGGCUUCGAGGAUUGCAACAUUCAGUCGAUCUCGAACAAGAUACAGGAGCAGUGUGAAAGCAAAUUUGGUCUUGAGUUCGAGGUCAUUGCUGGUUUGGGCGAUUUCGCGUCGAAAAUCCAUUUCUACUCGGAUCUCAUCUGCAAAAUACAGAGAAAGGAAAGGACAAUUCUCGCAUAUGCAACUCCUCGUCGCCACAGCAUUCCUCGGAAAGCCAGGCGCUCAUUUGUCGAUCAGGGCACCGCAGUUACACAAGAUGUCGCUCCGAAGUCCAAAGUCUCCGCUCGAGCUGCGAAUGCUCAGUCGUCGAAGAGCUGCUGCAAGGGCAGAUCCCGGCUCUCCAAGCUGACCAGACAUGUCGCAGCGAGCGGAACCAUC